AGAACUACAACCGUCGCCUGUUCACGCGCGUCAUCAAGAAGCGACUGGGUUUUGUUUUUGUCAGGAAGUGCCUUCAAAUCAUUUGCCUCCAGAGCUAAUGUCCGUAAAGAACAACAUGUUUAAUGACAGUGAACUUGCAACAUUGCGAAACAGAUUUAAAAGAGAUGCGGAAUUUCUUAUGCAAACAACGACGGCAGCGACAGGCGAAGAUGACAAGAGCCCGGAGGGAAAGGACGACAAACCACUCCCUCGCAUCAACAGGCACUCUGUUUUCUGGAUCGUGGCCUCUGUAGUUGUGACCUACUAUGCAGAUUUCCUCCGUGUCCUUAUGGAAAAUAAUGAUAUCAAAAGCUGGUGGUUUAAUGUUGGCCUGAUGCUGCUUGGGAUCUGCUUGUCUCUGGCAACGUUUUGCAUUGUGUACCUAGAGUGGGUGAGGGGCAUUCAGCACUAUGAACAAGAAUACCCUGCCAUUCCUCCUAUUACCACUGCAGCCUUCAUUGCAGCAUCGUGCAGUUUCAACAUCGCGCUGUGGCCGGUGUGGUCCUUCUUCACUCCACUCAUUCUCUUCACGCAGUUUAUGGGUGUGGUCAUGCUCAUCUCUUUGCUUGGAUGAGCGAUUCAAUUGGUUUUCCAAAGGAAGAAGGAGAAGAGAUGUUUGGGGCCUGUUGAGAUCAUUUAAACCCUGGUUCCCUGACCCACCAUAGUUUCCGUGCUGACCUGCUUCUCCACCACACUCCAAUGCCGUCCUUAUCACUUGAUUCCUUUUGGACGAAGACCUUGGGAGUAAUCCCGUCAACGCACCAGAUUUUAACAGAAGCGCUUUAAUGUGAUGGCUUGUUAUUGUUCUCUGCCUUUUUGUGUUUGCAGCACAUCUUAAGUAAUUUAAUGGAAAACAGCGCCAACAGUAACAACACAAGACUCAUGACAUAGUUGUAGUAGUUGUAUUUCUUUUAACCGUUAACAAAUUGUGUAGCAAAAUGUUGACAUUUGCUUGAAUAGUAUUUUUUUUACUGUAUUUAAUAAACUUUUUCCAACAAUUUUUAAUGGAUACACAAAAAAGUAGAUUUGUAAGCUUUAAAAUAAAUUACACUCUUAUCAUUUGUUAAA